AUGUCAGGAAAGAUGUGCAGCAGCAGCAGCAGUGUUAUUCAGGCACAAAAACUGGUGGAUCAACUUCGGGUAGAGGCAAGCAUGGAGAGAUUUAAGAUCUCUCUAACAGCAGCAGAUUUAGUCCAGUACUGUCAGGAGCAUAGGCGCAGCGACCCCCUGCUUACUGGCAUAGCCGCUUCAUCCAAUCCCUUCAAAGAUAAGAAGACCUGUGUGAUUCUUUGACAGCUCCCAGAC